UUCCACCGGCUCUAAUCAACACUCUUUCAAUUCACUCAUGCAUCCAUUUCGUCGUAGUAAGACUUUCACCGAAACCGGAGCCAUGAAACACCGGAGAAACAACAGUCUCUCCAUAUUCGCCCUCGUCUUCUCCGUCUUCUUGUUCGGGCUUUUCAUGUACAACGAGGACGUCAAGUCCAUAGCUGACUUUGCGUUCUCGUCGAGGCCUAAAGCUACCGGAAUUCAGGGUAAUAACAACCCGGUAAUGCUUCGAGAAUCUAUUAAAACCGAGGAAAAGGUGAAGGGAGCCGGUACCGUCAUCGACGAGUUGAAAUCAACGAAGACGGUGAAAGACGAUGAACCGAUAAAGAUUGUAGAGAAUAAAGAAGAUGAUGAACAACAACAAAAGAUUGAGAUUCUACCGGUUGUCGAAGAAGAAGACGAAGACAUCGAAUUGCCUACAGAAGAAUGUGAUCUCUUCACCGGACAAUGGGUGUUUGAUAAUGAAACACAUCCUUUGUACAAAGAAGAUGAGUGUGAGUUCCUUUCGGCGCAAGUAACAUGCGUGAGGAAUGGGAGAAAAGAUUCUAGGUAUCAGAACUGGAGAUGGCAGCCUAGAGAUUGUAACUUACCCAAGUACAAACCAAGAUUACUGCUCGAGAAACUGAGGAACAAGAGGCUAAUGUUUGUUGGAGAUUCAUUGAACAGAAACCAAUGGGAAUCCAUGGUUUGUCUGGUUCAAUCUGCUGUUCCUCCUGGAAGAAAGAGCUUGAAGAAGAUAGGUUCUCUCUCUAUAUUUAGAAUCGAGGAUUACAAUGCGACGGUAGAGUUUUAUUGGGCACCAUUUCUGGUGCAAUCAAAUUCAGACAACCCAGACAUGCACAGCGUCUUGAACCGCAUAAUUAUGCCUGGAUCCAUCAAAACCCAUGGCAAGAACUGGAAAAAAGUUGACUAUUUGGUUUUCAACACUUACAUUUGGUGGAUGAACACUGCCACCAUGAAAGUCUUACGAGGAUCGUUCGAUAAAGGAGACACCGAGUACGACGAGAUCGACCGGCCGAUAGCGUACAAGAGGGUGUUGAGCACAUGGUCUAAGUGGGUUAAUAAAAAUGUGAAUCCAAAUCGAACCACCGUCUUCUUCAGCAGCAUGUCUCCCCUUCAUAUCAGGAGCUUGGAUUGGAACAACCCAGAUGGGAUCAAAUGUGCCCUAGAGACGACCCCAAUUCUCAACCAGUCAAUGUACCUAAACGUGGGCACGGACCGUCGGCUCUAUGUCAUAGCUGCCAACAUUUCCCGAAACAUGAAAGUUCAGGUCCAUUUCAUCGACAUUACAACCCUUUCGGAAUAUAGAAAAGACGCACAUACAGCAACGCACACCAUCCGACAAGGUAAAAUCCUAACCCCGGAACAAAAAGCCGACCCGGCCAAGUAUGCCGAUUGUAUCCAUUGGUGCCUCCCCGGGCUACCCGAUACGUGGAAUGAAUUCCUCUAUACACGUAUUAUUUCUCGAUCGUGACACGUAAUUCGUGUUAUCAAUUUACCUUUUUAAUAUUUUUUUCUUAUAAGUUUCUCUCUAAAAUUUGAUAAAAUGUAACUUUGUAUGGGAAUGGAUCAUCGUUUUUUUUGGGUUGGUUUAAUGUGAGAUUUCAAACACUCGGCUGAAGCAAAAUAUGGCUUCAGCCAAUGCACAAAUUUGUAGAUUGCAUAUGUCGGGAAUUUUCAUAUGGAAACUAAGCACAAUUUCCUUUCCACUUA